AUGACGACUAGCGAUCUGCUGGACGAGCCGGUGAAAUUGGAGAGGUCUCCCGAGGACAUCGAAACUGACGUACUCAAUACCGAUGUUCGUAAGACCAGUCUGUUCACCCUCUACGCGAGGAUAUUUCGCUUGCUCCUCACGACGCAACUACCGAGCCGCGAUUUUCUCAGCAACGAGGGACGCAACAAGGAGCUCGAGGAUUUAAUAUUGCCGAGCAAUGAGGAGUGGCGUCACCGAGUCUAUCACAGUCUCGUUGAGUUGCAGAGGGAGAAGGACGCUGAAACUGAAGAUAAAAGGACGGAACCCGAACGGCGUAUGAGCCGGAAGGACUCGCAGGAUUGGGAAUGGCAGCCGAGGGAAAAAGGUUCUCUGCCGAAAGGGAGGAGCGAGAAGAGCCUGGACACCAUCGUCUCCUUAAACGCUAUAUCGGGCACCGGUGGUUCGAUGACGGAGGCCUGCGUGGAGCCUGGCUGGCGCCUCAACGACAUCCUCUUGGCGGCCAAGGUCCUUCAAAAUACGCAGCCCUCGCCGAGUUACGCCAACGAGGCCGAGAUGAGGCGCGUCUUCGGCCUGGUGUACGACGUUCUGAGAUACAGGAAUAUCUUGAAUCGCACGCUCGAGGACGGAGGAUUUUGGUACGAGAACGGCGCUCUGAAGCAACGCGAGAGGGUAGUUUGGUUGUUGCUGUACGACAUGCAGGGAAGAAAAUUCGCACGCCGACGCGAUGGCAGCGCACUUAUGAUUCGGGAGAAGAUAUUCAAGACUGUCGGCCUGAAAGACGUCGAGGAUGCUCUCUUGAAGGCGAAGACGCACUUGGCGGCGAGUAUCUCGCGUCUUCGUAUCGGCGGCUCGGCGCUCAGUCUUGACGAGCUGCUACCGAUGCACUUGCGCAUCGCCGAAGGAAUAAGCUGGGUCGACGAAGGCGCGAUUGCCUCCGGCUGGAUCAACACCAUGAGAGUGGCCAGUAAGAAUGAAUUCGUCAGAGACAUGUCGAAGCUGAAGCUCAAGCUGUGCAACGAUAUUCAGGAGUUGAACAGGAACGACUACGUUUUCGAUCCGAUCUGCCCGAAGAUGAUCAAUCUGCACGACAAGACGCGAGAGAACCUCGCCGUGUCCGAUUUGGUUCGCGAUCACCGGUUCGUUUUCCUGGAAAGGUCGCUGUGCCUUGGAGCGGCCACGUUGGCGCAGGCGAUAAGAGUGGCGCGUCUUUGCGGUCCUGUGGUCCUCACACACUCGAUUGCGCCGCGUCAUAGCGGUUACUUGGCGGGCCUCCUGGCCGACAUUGAGGGCGCCGGUAGACUGUUGGCCUUCGACGCCGGCGAUCGCCGCUGCGAGUACGAGAACUACCUCAGCACCCUGGGCAUCACUCUGCAACAAUGUAGAAUCUACUCAGAGAAAUACGUGUCGCCACCGCCGUCCAUAGAGCUGGAGAGGGCGACCGUCGUCUUGGCGACUCCUCCGUGUAGCUACACCGGCAUCAAGGACAUCGUCGACCUGGCGGUUGCUCGUGGCGGCGAUACCGGUUUGCUGGAAUCGUUGACCAGCGACACAGCCGCGACCAAGCAGCCGCGCGCCCUCUUGGCCGAGCAAUUCUCGACGCUCAAGUACGCACUGACGAGACCGAACAUACAGUUUCUGAUAUACGAAGUGCACACGAUCCUGCCGUCCGAGACCACGGAGAUGAUCCAACGGGUCGUGGAGUAUGCCAAUCAAAUUGCCACGGAGAAAUACAUUCGCGAGCACCCAGUAAAGAGAAAAACAGUGUCCAAGGAGAGCGCUGGGAGAGUCCCAAAAUUGGCAAAAGCUGUCACGAGUCCGAAACCAGAACAGUCGCGGGAACAACUGGAGGUUCAAUCACGACAGAAGCAGGAGGAGGACGAAGACGAGACGUCGACCAUCACAGACAUCAUCAUCCCCGAUAGCGAUCUGUUCGAAGUCGGGAGCAUCGAUGAGAUCUACGGCGAGGACAGCGAGCACAUGUUGGAUCCCGGCUGUUUCAUCGCCAUAAUCAAGCGAAAGGAGAUGAUGCAGUUUGACUCGCUCUUUAUGAUCAAAGUGGCAGAGUCGAAGGGACUGUUCGGCGACUCCGAUAAGGAGCGAAGUCCGAAGCAGAAGGUCGACGUGUCGCCGGCAUGCGAAGUGUUGCGAGUCAGGGCUCGCAAGGGCUCGAAACGCGCCAAAAAAUUCGACCUGUAUCGUCUGGACGAAGGACCACCUGAGAAGUCGACUCUGAGCAAGGAGGAGGCCACGUAUGCCCUGAGGACGAUGAAUUACAUACGUCGGAUGGAGAACAGAGCCGCGGACUUGUACCGAUUGCGACUCAUCAACGGCUUCCUGCACUUGUACACCGGUCAGGAAGCCGUGGCUGUGGGCUUGAAAAUGGCUAUACACAAGGAAGACACCGUCAUCACAGCGUACAGGUGUCACUCCUUCGCCGUGGUGUUCGAUAUCUCGGUUCGCGCGGUCCUCGCGGAACUGAUGGGUCGUAAAACCGGCGCCUCCCAGGGCAAGGGCGGCUCCAUGCAUAUGUACGCGCCGCGCUUUUACGGCGGCGACGGCAUCGUCGGCGGACAGGUACCGAUUGGCACCGGCAUCGCGUUGGCGCACAAGUACAACAGCACGGGCGCCGUGUCCAUCACGCUCUACGGAGACGGCGCGGCGUCUCAGGGCCAGAUCUACGAGGCAUGGAACAUGGCGAAGCUGUGGAACCUCCCGGUGGUUUACAUCUGCGAGAACAACAAAUAUGGCAUGGGCACCGCUGUGCACCGGCACUCCGCCAACACGCGUCUCUAUACGCGCGGAGACCUCAUACCGGGAAUAAAAGCAGACGGAAUGAAGAUCGUAGACGUGCGAGAAGCGAUACGUUUCGCCCGCGACUACGCGCUCCGUAACGGACCGAUCAUAAUCGAAGUCGUAACUUAUCGUUACUUCGGGCACAGCAUGAGCGAUCCUGGUGUAGGUUACCGUACCAGAGAAGAAAUCAAGUCUGUGCAAAGCGAACAAGAUCCAAUUAUGUUGUUCAAUCAACUGGUUGUACAGAAAGAGCUCAUGACCGAGGAAGAGAUCGAGGACAUACGAAAAUCGACCUACAAGGAGGUUGACCAAGCGGUGGAGCAAGCCCAAGCCGACGCUUGGCCGGAAAUGACGGAACUCGCGACGAACGUUUACGUGAAGCCUAUGGAGAAGGUGCGCGGUAAAGUUCCCUGGGAAUCGUUCUAGA